AUGGAAAAGAUUAUAUUAAAAAAAGUUGGAGAUAGAUGGAGGGAACAUAAGUCAGAUCUGAAAGCACUAUAUUUUGAUGCAAAUAAGAGCAUGGAAGCGAAUAACACCAAUGUUCCAAAGGGUGUGAUUAAGGACCAGUGGAUUACUCUGGUCAGUAAUUGGAUGACCCCGAAGGCACAGGGGAUAAGUGAGACGAAUAGGAGAAAUUGUGCGAUGAGGAAGUCCAAACACACGGCUGGAACUAAGAGUUUUCCACGAGUUCGAGAAGAGAUGAGACUAAAGGAUCCAGAAAAGAAGUACCCACACAGGGCUGUCUUAUACAUGCAUACACAUAAGCACAAAAGCGACAAGAAUAUGAAUGAACAAGUGGUUGAUUUGAAGAAGCGUAUAGCGGAGAAUCCAGCUUUAGUAGAUACUAGUAGAGGAAAGACAACAUGGAAGGGAGAUGUUUUGAAUGCGACUGAAAAUGGAGAAGUUGGAGAAAAAAUUAAGGGAAGAAAAAAAAACACUGAAGGACAGAUAUCUGCAUCUCAAGAUGUUCCUUCUAUUGCCAAGACAAAUUCAAAAAGAAAAAGAAUUUAUGGUGACGGUCAUAGUCAACAACUUCAUACUGUUGGGCAGCAGAAUAAUGUGAUGAGCAAGGAAACAUUUCUCAAUGACAUGGAGGUGCAACCAUCAUACAAAUGCCCUGCUAUGGAUGAGAACAAUGAAACUUUGGUCCAUGAUGAAAAUGUGCACCAACAGAGGAAAAACACUAGUGCAGAUAAGGGUUCUUUGGGUCAGAAGUCUACAUCUCAAGAUGCUCUCUGUGUUGGCAAGACAAAUUCAAAACAAAAAAGCAAGGAAAACUUUCUCUAUGACAUGGAGAUGCAACCAUCAAACAAACGUCCUUCUAAGGAUAAGAACAAAGAUACUUCUAUCCAUGAUGAAAAUGUGCAACAAGAGAAGGAAAACUCUAGUGCAAAUAAGCAUGGUGGCCAGAACAUUAGUAAAGUCUCAAGAGGAGGUAAUGCAACAAAGCAUGCCAAUAAACAACAGUGCGGUGCAACAAAUUGCCUGGGUGCCGACUCGAUAGAUGUUGGCACUAUAGUAUUUUUCAAGAGCUUGGGAAAUCCAAACAAGAAUGUUGCUCUUGGUACACUCCAAAGCACUAACCCAGAAUAUAAAGUUGAGGGUGUUCAUCUUGGUAAUCAAUUCUGGGCAGUGCGAAUUGAUGCUACAUUAGCAAAAUCAGAUCAGUUGAUACGACCUCUAAAAAAGGUCAACAUUAUUGGUCAUGCAGCAGGAUUAAUUAUCGCAUGGCCAUCAACCUUUAUUGCUAAGAUAAAUUGAUGAUGCAUGGCCCAGAUGUUGAUUGCAAGAUGGAGAAUGGGGCUGCUGUUGGAUAGUCUUAUGUAGUGUUUUACGAUGUCAUUUCCAGUGUCGAUAACUCAAACAUUAUGUUUUAGAAUGGUUGGGGCGUUGAUUGAAACGUCCAGACUUAGCUACUAUGUUAGUAUCACUUAUUGUAACCUUUGGAUCAUGUUCUUUGUAAUGCAACAAAGUCAAAUUAAUAUAU